CCAUUUAUUGUCCAAAUUUAUCACCAAUAAGUCACAGACACCUACUGUAAAGAAUCACGGAUCUAUAAACCCUGAUUUUGGUGAGCCAGCCAGGACUAUGCUGUGGUAAAUGGUGGUAAAAUAAGACGUGAAUGACAGCAGAAGUAGACCCAUAUGUGCACAACUAUAGUGGUGGCAAAAACAGGAUAGAGAUUACAAUCAUGCUAUAUAACCAUUUCAACUUAUCUUAAUAAAUGGAUAGAGGGAGGUGACUGACUUGGGCUAAAAGAUGGUGAUUUAAGAGAGUUUGUUAAACAACAAGAAAAUCUAGAGAGAGAAGAAUGUAGUCAGAGAAGAGACUGGAAAUAGAAUAAGAGUACAAAUUGAGAUCACUAAGUUCACCCAACAGAAAGAUUAAGGACUCAAGAAUGACAAUGUUGUUAGGGUCAACCGAGCCAAGAAUGACUAUAAGGUUAGGGCUAGCUGACCCAAGCUCCCCAAAUUUGAUAAACAGAAAGAUGCAAUGGAUGCUUCCCUGGAGAGUUAUGAAAGAUUCACCCAAAGUCAAAACUUGGACAAAGAUGACUGGACAGUCUGUCUCAGCCCACUUCUCACAGAAAAAGGCCCACAAGUGUAUGCAGGCAUGAUGUCAGAAGAUGACAUGUACUAUAACAAGUUAAAAGUGCCUUUGUUGAAACAUUAUGAAUUUACUGAAGAAGGUUUUUGCCAAAAAUUCAGAGAAGUCAAGUUUGACACUGGAAAAACUGUGUUUCAGUUUGUGAUACAUCUAUGGAAAUACUUUACAAGAUGGACUGGCAUGGCCAAGUGUGAAAAUAGUUUUGAAGGACUAGCACAUUUACUAAUACUUGAACAGUUCAUGAUCACGUGAUCCACUGACAAUGUCACUGUUCUUAAAGGAAAGGGCACCAAAAGACAUUGAGGAGGUGAUAAAACUGGCAGAACAGUAUAUGGAAGCCCGUGGAAAGAGUAUAACUGGCAAUUCCAAGAAUAAACAUUUAAAGUUGAAACCAGUGGUGGCUGAACCAGAAACAGGAUACCACCAGAGGUGACAAGAACUCAAUAGACAAAAGGGUGAAGAGAUGUUAUAUUUGUUAUAAAAUAGAGCACAUUGCAAAUGAGUGUAAGUCUGUCACCAACAAGCAACAGCAGAAAUAUCAACAUAAAACAAUGUAACUACCUACAAAGAUUGUGCUGGCAAGAAACAAGAAAAUAGUGAUUAUCACCAUGGAUACUGCUGCCAGUAGAAACAAAAUAGAAACAUGUCAGAUUCACCACAAGAAGGAAGUGCUAUUUCCAUGAUUAAACAGUGUACAACUGAUGGUCAGCUCAAGUAAGUGAUUGAGUCAAUAAUGGCUGUGGUGAUUAGACCAUAUGACAAACAUUGUGAGAUGCCAACAAAUCUCAACAUGCUAUUAGGUGAAGGCUAUGUCGGGAACAAGAAAAUGAAAGACACUGGGUGCACUAGUACAGCAGUGAUUGAUGGGACAGUGAGAAAGUUCCCCAUAGCAAGAAUAAAAGUGGACACUCAGUAUUCCCUGGGAGACCUUGAGGCCAUGUGUAUGAAGACACCAAACUAUGACUUGGUGAUAGGCCAUAUACGAGGCAGUAGAAGUUUGGAGGAAUCAUACAGAAAUGAGACUGAUGAAGCAUCUGCAGUAACCAUUAGAGCUCAAGAAAAGAAAAUCAUCAAGCCUCUGUAAGUUUCAAAAGGUGAUAUUCCAAACGUUGAUCUAUAGAAAAAUGAAGGAAGCACAGAAGAGAGAACCUUCAUUGCAGAAACUUUGGGAUAGUGCCUAGGAGAAAGUUGAGCACAAGACAAAGGGGAAGGGGACUUACAGAGUAGAGGACCAGAAAGGAGUGCUAUGGUGAAUCUGUCAAGGCAGUUCUACUGGAGAAAUUAAACAGAUCAUAGUAUAGUAUCAACAGAAUACGGGCUCAAGUGACGAACCUGGCUCAUGAGUUGAUUGUGGGAGGCAACUCUAUACCAUCCUAUACAAUCCUAUAUGUAAUGGACUUUUUGAGAGAGUCAAUGGAAUCUUAAAGAGCAUGCUGAAGAAGAUAUGCCAGGAGAGACCAUAUCCUAUAUGUAAUGGACUUUUGGAGAGAGUCAAUGGAAUCUUAAAGAGCAUGCUGAAGAAGAUGUGCCAGGAAAGACCAUAUGACUAGGAUAGGUUCCUGCAGGUAUUAUUAUUUGCUUACCAAGAAGUCCACAAGCUAAUACAGGUUGCUAUAUGGAAGAACAGUAUGAGGUCAAAUGCAGAUAUUGAAAGAGCUGUAGACAGGAGAAGGAGAGUCAGAAGUGAGUAACUCUUACCAGUAUGUGUUAUACCUCAGAAACUGACUGGAGGAGACCGGGUAUCUUGUUCGAGAGAGCUUGUGUGCAUCUCAAGGCAGUCAGAAGCACUUCUAUGACAAGACGGCGAAGGAUCAUUGUUUCAAGGUUGGACAUAUGGUUUUGGUUCUGCUACCUACAGAGAACAACAAACUCACCCUUCAGUGGAAAGGACCUUUUGAAGUGCAGGAAGGGGUGAACAGAAUUGACUAUAAAGUGAAAGUGGAUGGGAAGAUCAAGAUCUACCAUGGCAAUCUGUUGAAGAGGUACUUUGAAAGGGAAGAUGACCUAAAAUGUGCAGCUAUUGAGGCUCAGAUGGACAUGGCAGAUGUAAUUGUCACAGACACAGAACCAGAAGACAGUGAUUUUGUUAUACGAGAUGAAGACUUACUAGACCUAAGACCACUGGGUGGAGAUGAGACAUACAAAGACAUCAAUAUCAGUGAACACCUGAUUUGCAAGCAGAAGAAAGAACUACAAUAUCUACUAUGUCAGUAUGCAGAUAUCUUCACAGAUAGACCAGACAAAACAGACCUUGUGCAACACAGUAUUGAGACCAUAACCAGAGAUCCAGUCAAGGUAAAGCCCUACCAAGUGCCCUAUGCAAUGAGAGACCUGAUCAAGCAGGAAGUUGAGGCAGUGUUAGAACCUGGAAUCACUGAGUCUUUGAAUUCAACCUACUGUUCACCAGUGGUAAUUUGAAGAAAUAUGGCUCAAACAACUUCUGCAUAGACUUUCGGUAGCUAAACCUUGUGACAAAGUUCGACUCCAAACCUGUAAGCAGCCCAGAGGCUAUUAUGACAAAGCUAGACAGAACCAACUUCUUUUCCAAGAUUGACCUCAGUAAAGAUUAUUGGCAGCUCUCAAUGAAGACAGAAUCUAAAGAGAAGACAGUCUUUGUGACACCAGACAGAUGUUACUAUUUUAAGAGAAUGCCAUUUGGGUUAGUAAACUUAGCAGCAACAUUCAAAUGCAUGUUUAGAAAGAUGUUGCAAAACACCACCAACAUCGAGUAUUUUGUAGAUGACAUUCUGACUCACACGGUCAGAUGUGAAGACUACCUCAAGAAACUAAGAGAGCUCUUCAGGCGAGUGAGGGCAGCAUCUCUGACCAACAGACAGUCUAAGUGCUACAUUGGCUAUUUUGUGCUGGACUUUGUUAGAGACAAGGUGGGUGAUGGAAAGAUUCCAUCUAAGAAAAGAAGCUAACCCACAUACAAGAUGCAUCAGCUCCAAUGACCAAACAUGAAGUCAGAUCCUUCCUGGGGUUAGUGGGAUACUACAGGAAAUUCAUCCCAAACUAUUCUGAAGUUAAUGCACCACUGACUGACCUGACCAAAAAAGGCAUACUGAACAAGGUAAAGUGGGAGCAACCACAGCAGAUAGCUUUCCAGGACUUACAGAGCAUGUUGGGAAGUUUGCCAAUUCUUAGAAUGCCAGACUUGAACAAGCCGUUCAUUGUUGAGGCCAAUGCUUCAGACAUUGGAAUUGGAGAAGUAAUCCCACAAGAACAUGAAGAUGAACUGUUUCCAGUAAUGUACACAAGUAAAAAGCUGUUGAGUAGCGAGAAGAACUACGAGGUGAUCAAACAAGAUUGUCUAGUCAUUCAGAAGUUUCACAGCUACCUCUAUGGGAAGUUCAUUAUCCAGAUGGACCAUCAGCCCCUUUCAUACAUCCAGAGGUGCAAAAUCGAUGGUGCAAGAGUCAUGAGGUGGGCAUUGUACCUGUAGAACUACAGGUUUUGCAUCGAAGCUAUCAAAAGGACUGCAAAUGUUGGUGCAGACUGUAUAGGUAGACUUUGUGUAUGAACUGAGAAUCGUCUUUGUACAUAGUGUAAAAAA